GAGGAGGAGAGAUGAUGCCAUGGUCUUCCGUUGAACUACUUUGUCUCUCUCUCUCUCUCUCUGAGGCAUUCAUUAUUAAUUCAAGUAUUUAUCACUUUUUUGUUUUCCAAGUACCAAUCUUGGUAUGCUUGCUACUUGCUUCUCCUCAACUUCACAUACAAAUAAAAUAGAAAAGGAAAAAUUAUCGGUGAACUGAACUCUUCCUUAAGCUGCGCCUUUUCUCUCUCUCUCUCUGUCUUGAUAUUUUUUCAUUGCUAGAAAGUUGCUUGAAAUGAACUCAUGCUCUUGUGUGGGGUUACUACUGCUAUAAACUUGUUGGCUUUACAUGAGAAAUGGAUUUUGGGGUGGUGAGCCACAAGCAAACCUCUCCUAAAGCACCUAGUCUGGGUUCAGCUGAGCCCAGAGAUGAAAAGGGUCAUGGAUCUGUGAAUCUCAAGCACCAAAGAUCUGGGCUUCCCGACGACAACUGGAGGCUACCCAAAAUGCCGAGGCCUGGUGAAGUUGAUUUCUCUUCCAAGAAGCCUACUGAGAGUUUUGCUGCUUUUGGGAGAUCCAAUCUGUGGCCACCAACGCUGGAUGAUGGCCAGAAGAUGCUUUCUUUUUCCUCUUCUGAGCAACUCCCCACUGAUGGAACUGGUGGUGGUUCCAGCAAAAGUAUAGCAUUUUCUAUUUGCCCAGAGGAGCAGCAUCAUGCCAGAACUGGAGGCGGCGGGCUAAGUGGAGGCGUAAGUGGGGCUUUUGCCAGAGUGAGAGGGCCAUUUACUCCCUCCCAAUGGAUGGAAUUGGAGCAUCAGGCUUUGAUCUAUAAACACAUUGUGGCCAAUGUACCUGUUCCUUCCAACUUACUUCUGCCUCUCAAGAGAUCCCUCUACUCAUAUGGAUCACCUGGAUCAUAUGCCUCCAAUUUUUUGGGGUGGGGUCCUUUCCAUCUAGGUUUCUCCAGCAGUAAUGAUCCUGAGCCAGGUAGGUGUAGGAGGACAGAUGGAAAGAAGUGGCGUUGCUCGAGAGAUGCCGUUCCUGAUCAGAAAUACUGUGAAAGGCACAUCAAUAGGGGCCGUCACCGUUCAAGAAAGCCUGUGGAAGGCCACACUGGCCAUGCUGUCUCUGGAUCCACUACUUCAAAGGUGGCACCGAUUGCUUCUUCCUCUUCAGCAUCAGUGAUUUCCAGCAGCAGCACAUCCAACAGCCUUAGUGCAAUGCAGCAUCAAUUUGCUUCUGUGCAGCCAAGUACUGCCAGUGCUUCUACUGAUCAUCUUGCUAGCAGAUCACAAGGAUUUCAAGGCCUCUCCUUGAUCCCUCCACCAAUCAAUCUGAAGUCUAAAGAUGCGCCAUUCUCGAUCCAAAAGCCACACUUGCCAUUUGAAGAAUCAUCUCACUCGGAGUUUGGACUUGUCUCCUCAGAUUCCCUUCUGAACCCUUCCGAAAGAAUCUCCUACAUGAAUGCUAAUAACUCCGGUUCUUUCUUGCGGUUCGAUGUCAAAGAAGCAAACAAUCAACAUCCAGUUCACCACUUUAUUGAUGAUUGGCCAAAGGAUCAGGGUGAUCGUAGCUCAGGCCCCUGGUCGGAAGAGGUGAAAUCAGACUGGACCCAGCUCUCUAUGUCAAUCCCUGUGACACAAGAUUUUUCAUCAUCCUCUAGUUCUCCUGCACAAGAGAAAUCUACAAUGUCGACGCUAAGGCUAUCUCACGAGCUUGACCCGAUUCAUAUGAGCCUGGGCGUGAGUCAUGAUCUUGGCGAACCACUUCAAAAGCAACCAUCAUGGUUGCCAGUUGCGUGGGGGAACUCGAUGGGCGGGCCAUUAGGAGAGGUGUUGACCAGCACGACUACCGUUGCAGGAGUGGGCGAGAGCUUCUCAUCUGUGAAAGCCUGGAAGAGCAGCCCUGAGUUGGGUUCUUCUCCCACCGGCGUUCUGCAGAAAACCACCUUUGUUUCUCUUUCUAACAGCAGUUCUGGAAGCAGUCCACCCAGCGGUGACAACAAGAAGGCGCCUGAAAAUGCUACUCUUUGCAGUGAUUUGCUCGGUUCGGCGCUUGUAAGUUCUGCGGCUAUUCCAUCUCUGUAGGUGAUUCGGCAGAAGCGACAAAGCUAAGCAGAAAACUUAGAGCUGACAAAACAAUUGCAGAGGUGACUAAGGAGGUAAUAGAAAGAGGUUUUCCUGAUGUUUUAUUGUGUUAAAUUGAAUUCUGUGUUUUCUUUGAUCUUCUUCUCAUCUUCGAACAAGGGCUGAACCUAUUACUGCUUUGUGACUUUCUUUGUUGUAUUCCAUUAUCCUUUAAUCUUUUAACUGCCAUCUCGACUCGAGGAUAUAUGUAUCCGUCCAUGUGUAA